GAGGAGAUUUCCUCCCACUUUCUCCCGUAGAAUAAACGUAGAAUUUGUUUCGAGUGAUGGGAGAAAUACAAUUAUAAAUCAGCUUUAUUUUCCAUUAUUUUUACAAGAGAGAGACGGAGCAAGUUGUUUGGAGGAAUAGAGAAGUGCUGUGCAAUCUGCAAUGAUGAUGAUGUGGGUCUUGCUAUUAGUGCUGAUCAUGCCCUUCUCCUCCGCAUGUCAUGCGGAUGAGAGGAAUUCCCUCUUAGAUUUCAAACAGGGCCUCAACUUCACUUCCUCUUUUAACACACUGCAAUCCUGGAAGGGAUCUAACUGCUGCUCAUGGGAAGGAAUCACCUGCCACCCAAUCACUGCCCACGUCAUUUCCUUAGAUCUCAGUCCUCAAUCCCUUAAUGCCUCCUGGGAUCGUACUAAAUUCUGGCCCUUCAUCUCAUGGACAGAACUUCGUGGAGGACUAUUCCAAUUGCGGCAUCUGGAGCGCUUCAACUUCACUGCGAAUGCCGUCGACCCUCCUCUUGCCAUCCCUUCACAGUUUCACAAACUCAACAAUUUGAGGUAUUUAAGCCUGUACGACUCUAACUUUAGUGGCCAGAUUCCAAAAGAGAUUGGUUAUAUGUCGAGCUUAACAUAUUUGGAUUUGUAUUAUAAUUUUUUGAAUGGUACAAUCCCAACAUCUUUAGGUAAUCUGUCAGAGCUCAUAUAUCUUGAUCUCAGUUGGAACUCUUUGAGUGACAUAAUUCCAACAUCUUUGAAUAAGCUAUCAAAACUCACAUUUGUUGGUUUGAGUUCUAGCUCUUUGAAUGGUACAUUUCCAGCAUUUUUGGGCAACCUCUCCAAGCUCACACAUCUUGUCCUAACUGGAGACAAUUUGAAUGGCACAAUUCCAACGUCUUUGGGUGAGUUGUCAAAUCUCACAUAUUUUGAGCUCAGGUAUUACUCUUUGAGUGGUACAAUCCCAACCUUCUUAGGUAACCUCUCCAAACUUACACAUCUUAUCCUAAGUGAAGACUCUUUUAGUGGUACCAUCCCUACAUCUUUGGGUAAGCUAUCAAAUCUUGCAUAUCUUGAUUUGAGUCAAAACUCUUUGAAUGGUACAAUCCCAAGCUUCUUGGGUAAGCUGUCAAAGCUCAGAUAUUGUGAUCUAAGUUCAAACUCUUUGAGUGGCACCAUCCCAACAUCUUUGGGUGAGCUAUCAAAGCUCACAUAUCUUGCCUUGAGUUCAAACUCUUUGAGUGGCACCAUCACAACAUCUUUGGGCAAGCUAUCAAAGCUCACAUAUCUUGACUUGGGUUAUAACUCUCUGAAUGGUACCAUCCCAACAUCUUUGGGUGAGCUGUCAAAGCUCACAUAUCUUGUCUUGAGCUCUAACUCUUUGAGUGGCACCAUCCCAACAUCUUUGGGUGAGCUGUCAAAGCUCACAUAUCUUGUCUUGAGCUCUAACUCUUUGAGUGGCACCAUCCCAACAUCUUUGGGUGAGCUGUCAAAGCUCACAUAUCUUAUCUUGAGCUCCAACUCUUUGAGUGGCACCAUCCCAACAUCUUUGGGCAAGCUGUCAAAGCUCACAUAUCUUGCCUUGGGUUAUAACUCUUUGAAUGGUACAAUUCCAACCUCCUUAGGUAACCUCACCAAACUCACACAACUUGAUCUUAGCAACAACAAACUAAGGGGAGAUUACACGUUUUCUUUUUUUGAUAAAAUACCCAAUAUUCAAAGAUUAUAUCUUUCAAGGAAUAUGUUGACUAUAAAAGCCAAUGACACUUAUAUUCCCAAUUUUCAACUUCAAUACUUAUAUUUGGGAUCUUGUAAUAUACAAGGGGGUUUUCCAGCUUUCAUUUCAACCCAAUACUUCUUACGCUCACUAGAUUUGUCUCAAAACUCUCUCAAUGGAAAUAUUCCUAAUUGGAUAUGGGAUUCUAUGCCCCUUAAUUAUCUCAACCUCUCUUGUAACCAAUUUGUAGGUAAUUUACCCUUGAAGCUGCCUGGUUUUGAAAAUAAUUAUCGUCAAAUCUCAACUAUUGAUCUGCAUAAUAAUCAGUUACAAGGAAAUAUUCCCCUCCCUCUACAAAAUGUGAACUUCUUAGAUCUUUCAGAGAAUCUAUUUGAAGGACCCAUUCCAUCAGGAAUUGGUAAAUAUGGACAAGGUCUUUCAUUUCUAUCAUUGUCGAAAAACAAUUUGAGUGGUGUCAUUCCACAUUCUAUUUGUGAGUCAAGAAAUUUGCAAAUUUUAGACUUGUCAAAUAAUAGGCUUAAAGGUAGGAUUCCCUCAAGUUUAGAUCAAUGCUCUAGCUUGUCCAUGUUAAAUCUAGAAAAUAAUGAUCUCAAGGGCACAAUUCCUAGUAUAUUUGGGAAUAUGACUUAUCUAGAAACAUUGAAACUUGGUCUCAAUGGGCUAAGAGGGAAUAUACCAUCAUCUCUUGGAAAUUGUAGUUCUUUGGAAAUCUUAGAUCUGAGGAAUAACAAUAUUCAUGGGGGCAUUUCUACUUGGAUUGAAAAAUUGAAAAGGCUUCGCAUCCUAGUAUUAAAGUCGAAUAUAUUUGUUGGGCAAAUACCAUCAGAACUAUCCAGUUUGCAAAAUCUUCAGAUAUUGGAUAUGUCAAGCAACAAAUUUUCAGGCAUUAUUCCAAGUGGUUUUAUGAAGUCGAGUGCAAUGGCAAAUCAGACAGAAAAUACAGAAACUAUUGAAUUAAAUACUACAAAUGUUGGUAGGAUUUAUAUAGAUAGCAUAAUCAUUAAGAACAAAGCACAAGAUAUGGAGUAUGCGAGAACUUUGAGAUUAGUAAAAUGUCUUGAUCUAUCAUACAACAAUUUAUCAGGUAAAAUACCUUGGGAUAUUGAAUCCCUCAAAGGAUUGAUAAUUCUAAAUGUUUCAAGAAAUCAAUUCAGCGGCGAGAUUCCAAAAUCUUUGGGAAGUAUGGUACAGCUAGAAUCACUUGAUCUUUCCAAAAAUGAAUUGUCUGGGGUGUUUCCUGCUGAGCUGCAAUAUCUUACAUAUUUGAGCUACUUUGAUGUGUCUCAUAAUAAUCUAUCAGGAGUGAUACCGCAAGGAGGACAAAUGAUGACAUUUGAUUCUUCAUCAUUUUCCAACAAUUUAGAUCUAUGUGGCCUACAAAUCAAUGUGUCAUGUUCAGAAAAUCAUAUUGCUUCUUCCAGUGAUGAUGAAAAAAAUAAAGAAGUAUUGGAGGAAGAUAUAUGGUGGGAUGUGGGAAUGGGAAUGGGCUAUACAUUUGGAUUUUCAACUCUGAUUUGGGUGUUAUGUUUCAGCAAAUCUUGGAGUGUAAAAUGUUUCAGAAUUAUGGAUAAAAUUAUUGACUCCCUUUCUCAAACAUUCAAAGAAAAAUUGUAUUGUACAAAAUAAGACAUUUUGUGAUCUUCAUCUCCUGUACACCUGAUGCUGAUUGUUUAACCACCAAUAAAGAAAGAGUUUUAAUUGAAGUCAAGAAUAUCCUGUUGGAUAUUUAGAUCAGGAACUAACAUUCCCAAGUGAAGCACGUUUUGGCCCUAAAUAAAUGCAGUUUCCUCUUGUUGAGAAUAGAGAAGUACAACAAAUUCAUCUAUAUAAUUCUGUCAUGUUGGGGCUUUCAGAGUUACAUAGUGUACAGGUUUUUAAUUCAAACUUCUCAAUUAGAGCAGAUUUUUAUUGGAGUUUGGGACAAUCUCUAUUCCCAUACCUGCUCUUCCAAAAAUAGCUGCUGAGCCACUUAAAGGUUAAAACUGAUGGGGGAAGAGGAGGAGUUGCUUUACAAGGGCUUUCUAUGGAUAGUCAAGGCAUAUAAUUGAUCAUUUAGUUCAAAGCUUCUGAAGGGAAUCUUUGUGCGGAAAGCACAAAAUUCAUGGCAUUUUCAGAAUUGAUUUGAAUGAACAGGAGGAAGGAUGAACUGGUGGAUAUUGGCCCCAUUGCCUUGAAUGACUUACCUGGGCUAGUGAACUGCACAGAGCACAAGAUAGGAACAAUUCUUUCACAACGCCAAUUUACAAUGCAGGUGAAAAAUAUUUAAAUUCCACAACAUUUUUAUGGAGCAUGGGAUUUCAGAUUUUCACUGAAGCCAACUUUUAUUAAUCUUAAAAUUGGAAAAUAUUAUUCAGUUUUUUGGCUGAAUAAUUGGGAGAGGCACGACAGUAGACAGUGUUUCAAUGUUCCAGACUCAACAACACGGGUCUUAGACAUCAAUCUUUGUUGGGAAAGCACAGGCUCAUUGGCUUUUUCAGAAUUGAUGCACAUGGUAGGAAAGAUGUUCAUAAGAAUACCUCCAUUUUAAAUAUCAAGGCUCAAGAUGCAGACACAAUGGGCAUAUCUUCUGUUUCAGGAUUUGAAAGUGCUAGUCUGAAUAAAAUGUUAAUUUGUUGCUUGGCGGGAGAUACAAAAUUAACAGUAGAAAGUAGUGCUGAUAGGAAGAUCAUUCAGAACAAGAGGGAGGAUGAACUUGGGGAUAUUGGUUCCAUUGCCUGGGAUGACUUACCCAAGCUACUGAACUGCAUAGAGAAUAUGAAAAGAAGAGACACAGACCAGUUCUCUCACAGUAUCAAUUCAGAAUUCAGGUGAUAAGGGUUUAAAAUCCAUCAAGAAUUCUAUGAAGCAUGUGUUUUCAGAUUGUCGUUAAACAAAGUUAGUUUUGAUUUCAUCAAAAUCUAGUGCUUACUCGUCUUUAAUAAUAAGUAUUCAGAGAUGCAAGAAGAUGAAAUGCAUAACGGCACAGCAGGUUGAAGGGAAGAUGGAUUUGGAGCCGAGCAAAAGAGUAACCCUUGCAAUGCUGGUGGUGUUGAACAUGAAAAUAAGCAAUGCUCUGAAGACUGAUAUGCGCAGGAACUCUGCCUCUGAGAAGGUCCUGGUCCCUGGAUGCCCUGUUCAUCCUAACAUGAAUAUAAUCAUGGCCGAGGGGUUGUGUCCGGUCAUCCACUUUAUUAUGAUUGUGGUCAUCUAGGUGCUAAUUCCCUUAUGCAGCUAUCGACUCCAGGCAGGAAUCUUCACAGGAUUGGCCAAGAAGUGGAACAGAAAGAUGCUUCCCAACUCUGCAGAUACAUUGUUAGAGACAAGAAGAGGAAUGGUGCAAAAUCUUGUACCUGCCAACUUCUCAUGCAGUUGUUAGAGGCAUGGAAAUGCUUUCCUCCUUCACACUUCACAGCAGUUUCAACAGUUCCUAACAUCCUUGACUGAGCCUACAAAGUACAGCCAGAGGAGAACAUAAACUGUGUUUCAGGGGCUUCAUUAUCUUUCUGAAAUGAAGAAAGAUUCUUUCUGACUUCAUUUAUUACAUCAUUUCAACUCCACUAUUUUCAAGCUUUUUCAAAUCCAUCAUAUUCAGGGCAGCGGCACCAUGUAUGCACCGUGUAUUAGUUAGAAAAGGAAAAUUUCCUGUCUUAUCUUUUCCUAGAGAAAUGAUGGGAAACUCCUCUACUGUAUCAGUCAAGUGCCCUGUCUAUGUUUAGGCAAGAGCAGAUGGGAAAACAUGGCUAUAUAUCCCAUCUAUUAAGUUUUAGUUUAUUGUAAAUGCAGUGUAUAUGAUGUAAAGAUGUCACCACAUUCAUUUGGUGAGCUGCUAGCAUGGUAGCAUUAUACUCCAAAAACUCUGCCAUUAAUGUCAUGUACUUGUGAGCCACCAUUCUCAAAUUUUCCAAGAAUUGCUUUAACAAAAUACAGAGCAAAGGCGGAUCGGAUAUUUUUGAUCUCUAUUUCUCUAAGUUUUUCUAAAAUAACUAAGAAACAGGUAUUUUUUUGUUGUUGAA